AUGGCAUUGUCUUCGAAUUGGUUGAAGUUGCAAGAAUCUGAGAAAGUGAGUGCCAAAGAUCGCCAUAGCUCGAGAAAGUCGAAGAAGAAUGCGGCUGCGAAACCGAUUGGAACCAAUCGAAAACAAAAACAGAGCCGGAUCAUGAGCAUGGUUUACUCGAUGAGUAGAGAAAUUGAAAAAUCUGAACAAAAUAAGAGGGAAGGAAGGGAGUUCGAGUUUAAGGAGACCAAGACAGGUGUCGGUAAGCCUGAUGCCGAGGGCAUUGAACAUUUAUUUGGAAAAAUUAGCGGCGAGAAAGCCACGGCAAUUGGGAAAUACCUUGCCAUGGACUGUGAAUUUGUCGGAGUAGGGCCAGAGGGUAAAGAAUCUGCGCUGGCGAGGGUUUCAUUGGUGAAUUACUACGGACAUGUUAUUCUAGAUGAGUUUGUGAAGCCUCGAGAAAAAGUUACCGAUUGGAGGACAUGGGUUAGUGGUGUGAGGCCUGAACACAUGAAGGACGCGGUCCCAUUCCGAGAGAUUCAGAAGAAGGUCGCUGGUCUGUUGCAGGAUAGAAUUCUCGUCGGGCACUCGAUCAAACAUGAUUUGGAGUCUCUGUUGAUAUCACAUCCUAAGUCUAGUAUCAGAGAUACAUCGAGGCAUUUGCCCUUCAGACAGGCUUACGCUAAGGGCAAGACUCCAAGCUUGAAGAAGCUGGCGAAAGAAAUACUGAAGAGAGAGGUUCAAGUGGGAGAGCAUUCGCCUAUCGAGGACGCAAGAAUAACGAUGUUAAUAUACAGAUCAGAUAGAAAAGAAUUUGAGCGUCUGAAUAGAGCAAGGCACAAGUCGCACACGGGGAAUAGCUAA